AUGAAUUUUUCUAACGUUCCCUCAAAAGCAGAGGUGAUGGGAUGGAAUGCCCAAACUCUAGCGGACUACAUGCGGAAGCUUAAACUGCCAGGCUGUGACAGAGUAGUGACAAAGAGCAGCAUAGAUGGAGCACAGUUUAUGAAUAUGACAGAGUGUGAUCUGCAAGUGUUCCCCUGCCUCUUUGUCCCAGUAAUUACUAAGAUACAAACUGAAAUCAACAAAGAAGAGCGCAAGAAGGCUACUAGUCACAAAUCAAAACCGCUGAAGUAUCCGAAACAAGAUAAAGUAUUUGUACAAGAAGUAGACGUUUGGGAAUCUGAUGAGUUCGACAAUGAGAGCGAUGAUCCAAUCUAUGAGGGUCCAGAACACGAAGCAGAGAAUUACAACUGCAGUGUAGUUGAGCAACAACCAGGACAGGACAAGACAAGUGAAGCAAAGUACAAGCAGCCUGCUGCUGGAGACCUAGCGAAGCCUCCAAGACCCCCCCGAGGGCCAAAACCUCCAGACUGUCAAAGAGAACCUCUUCCUGAUCCACCAUUCUCUCAAAGAACCUUCAAACCUCCACUGCCAUCAACCCCAAGGGGGGAUCACAUCCUCCAAAGACCGUUAAAACCAGCAGUUCCUGCAAGUGUGCACUUAGACCGGAGCAAGAAGCCUGGAUCAUCCCAAAAAGACAUUCCAAAAAUAAAGGGCAGUGCUGUAAAAGAUACUAUCAGCAAACCUCAUCAUCCAAAGGUGCCUGUGCCUACUGAUGUGUCCAAUAGGCCAAGUAAAUUAAUUCCAGAACCUUCAGGAGUGACACAAUCUACAGAAGAAUACAAUUCGACACCAAGACUAAAAAAGGGCUUGGAUUCGAGUUGGUAUGGAGGAAAGUUGACAAGACACCAAGCUGAGGCUGCUCUUCGGGAGGUCAACAAGGAUGGUGCCUUUGUGGUGAGGGACAGCUCUAACGGCUCAGUCGAGCACCCCUUCACCCUGAUGCUGCUGUAUCAAGACAAGGUUUACAACAUUAAGAUCCGUCACCAAGGCAAUGGCUACACUCUCGGCAGUGGCCUCAAAAACACCAAGAGUUUCCCUGGGGUGAAGGAGCUGAUUAACCAUCACACACACACCCCGCUGCAGCUCAUUGAUGCCACAGACCAGAGUCAUGAAGAGCACCCCCAGAGUUGUCUGCUGCACCCUACGGGACAUUGACCAGCACUGACAACAGUUUUAAUGUGCGUGUUCGCACCUUUCUCUGUGCUCAUAUAUGCUAAUCUGUGUGCAUGCAUGCAUGCGUGGCCUAUUAAAAAUCUUUUUAAGAACAUGUAAAGCAAAUGUCACAAUUUUCACUCUCAAAGGUCAUUGUUAUGCAAUUCA